AUUGUUUAAAGAGAACAUUAUAUUCUUCUUUGAGUGGUGUAGCCAUCCAAGGCUAAGAAAAAUUGAAAUGUUCUUAUGAACAGCAAAGCUGAUCCCUUCUUUGCUUCUACAACUUGAGAUUGAUUCCUCUUGACCACUUCAUCUCCUUUUCCCUUUCAAAUCUUAUCCAGAAUCUGAUGCUUAUGGACACAAUUCCUCACUUUUGGACCAAAAUUGAUGGCCUAUAGCUCUUUCAUAUGAUCUUCUUUCUCUAUAUAAAUUUUGUUUUCUUCUUCAUUCAGCAGCAGUUAGGUUGUUUUAAUAGAGAGAUAUCAGACAGAAAGAGAGGUAGGUGGUGACUGAAUGGCCUCCAGAAGAAUUAUCAAGGAGCUCAAAGAUCUGCAAAGAGACCCACCAACUUCCUGCAGUGCAGGUCCUGUUUCAGAUGACAUGUUCCAUUGGCAAGCUACUAUUAUGGGUCCUAAUGAAAGUCCUUACGCAGGGGGUGUCUUUCUUGUGACCAUUCAUUUCCCCCCAGAUUAUCCCUUUAAACCUCCUAAGGUAGCCUUCAGAACUAAGGUGUUCCAUCCAAAUAUUAACAGCAAUGGAAAUAUAUGUUUGGACAUACUCAAGGAUCAGUGGAGCCCUGCUCUCACCAUAUCAAAGGUUCUGCUUUCUAUUUGCUCACUGCUCACUGAUCCAAAUCCUGACGAUCCGCUGGUGCCGGAAAUCGCCCACAUAUGCAAGAAUGAUAGGCUACGAUACGAAGCGACUGCUCGUAAUUGGACCCAGAAAUAUGCCAUGAAUUGAAUCCUCUAUUGUCAAAGAAACUGGAGCCAUGGAGAAAUUAGAAGCCUCCCAGAUUCUGCUUUUUGUGGCAUCUUUCUCCAAGGGAUGGAGAUUUUGGACUGAAUUUUGAUGAACUUAAUGUUAUUAUCUGUAAUAGAUGAUGUUUAUGAAUUAUAUGUGAUAGUUGAUCAUGUUUCAGCAUUUGUAAUAAGAGAUCAAUAAAAGAACUAUUUCUGAAUAAAU